AUGUUGUCGUCCGCACGCUCACGGCUGUGCAUUUUGACGGCGCAGUCGUCCCGUUUCGUCCCGCGCGCCACAUACACCUCGACGGUCCCUCGCCUGAGCGAAAACACCAUUCCCACCAACAACCCAAACCCUGCGAAGCCCGUAACGAGCGUAUCCGAGACCAAUGCCACUCCUGUAUCUUCAAUGGGCAGGCAACCUGCCUCGAUGCAGGAGACGGUUGAGCAGGCGCAGAGCCAGCUCGCCAUGCAGGCCCCUAACAGAGCCACCACUUGGGCAAAGAGCCAGAAAGAGAGGGCUAAGGCCAUGACUGGUCCACGAUUUGAACAGACGAUCAUAGAUCACCAGCCUCAACCAUAUGCUGCCAUUGACCUAAUCCACAAGCAGCCCGUACGAUGGACGAAAGAGAGAAUCGUAUCCUGUGACGGAGGUGGUGGUCCACUAGGCCACCCCAGAAUAUUCAUCAACACCGAUAAGCCCCAAAUCUGCCCUUGCGAAUACUGCGGUCUUCCAUUCGCCAACGAACACCACCGUCCAGUGCUCGAGGCUCAGCCCAGAACCUCGUAUCCUCUUGACCCUACCGGAGAUGCAGCGGAAGUCAAUGAAUCACAACGUAUCACUCCAUCCGGCUUUGAGCAGCGAUAG